CCUCAAAUUUAAAUCUUGUUUUUUAAUCACAAACUUGAUAAUUUUUCCUCUUCAAAAACAAGCCACAUAAGCACAAAAGUAGUACGACUCUGCCCUAUUCAAAUUAACUAGUUAAAUAUGGCCAAAUUGAUUAUUGCUCAUUGUUUUGUGCUAUUGCUGGUUUUCAACUUCAACAAGGCUGAACAAGAUACGAAAAUUGUUAGCGCACGAAUCGAGUCUUGUCCAGGUUGUUCGUUGAAACGCCUCACCCAAGUGCGUGCAUUUCUCUAUGAAGAUGUACCCAAAUAUGAAAAUGUCGAAUGGAAAAAAAUACAAGGGGCCCCGCCAGAGCUUCUCUUCCUCAACGAAGCCGACGAAGAAGUGGAAAGGAUCAAAUUGGAAAAGUACAACAGAGAAGAGUGCAAUGAUUUGUUGAAAAGUAAAGGGUUUAGGCUUAAAGAUAGUACAAAACAAAAAGAACUAUAAUAAUUAUUGUAUUUAGUUUUAAGGCAAUAAAGGUAUUUUGUUUUAAAUUAAAUUUGAACCUUUAAACUUUUAAG